AUGGUUGAAUCAUUUAAUUUUGGAGGAAGUAGAGAAAUAGCAAAACCAUUUGAAAAUCUAAAGAAUUAGAGAGCUAUAGUUUAAGCAUAUUGCAAUAGUGAUCGAUGUUCUUUUACUCAUCCUGAAUUAGCAUAUUGGGAUAGAGUACCAGAGGAAUUAAUAAAUAAAAUAGCAACAUAUUACUAUAAUAAUCAUCCUCAUAUGAAGUAUCUACUUUUUAUGUAUGCUCUUAUGGUUAGAAGAUGUGAUUUAGAUUUUGCAAAACAAGAAGUUGGUUUAGAUUCUUCUAAUUCAUGUUUUUUAGCUAUGUAAAAAGGAAAAGCAGCUUUGAUUACUAUUUUAGAUUAGUUAGGAUUAGGUAACAGUAGUACCCCAAUGAAUGCAAUAUGGAAGUAGCAUUUAGGUUGCUCAUUAUAGUCAAUGAAAACUGAAACAAACUAAAAAUUCAAAACCUUUAUGACUUUAAACAAAUUGUAGUUGUAUCAGGCUAAAAAGAUAGUCAAACAUGGAAUUUUAGAAACAGAUGGAUAGGCUAACUAACGAAAAUUACGACUUUUGUAAGCUACCCUAGCUAAUUUAACUUCCUUUACUGGAAAAGGAUGA